AUUUAUAAAUUAUACAAUAUGAAGUGAUUUCCAUGUUUUUUGUGCAAAUAAAGUGAUUUCCAUCAAACCUCGAACUGGUCAAACAAUAAAAUGUCACUGCAGUUGCUUUCAACUCAUUCUUACCUUUUGAAAAAAUAAAAUAAAAAAUUCUUCCCUAUCUUCAACCUCAAUCGCACCGAAGAAUGAAGAUGAGCAGAAGGGCUGCUGUUUCUGCAUUUGAUCUGAUUCAUAGAAGAGUAUUUGCAGCUUCAGGGUCCCAUAAAUCGGGUAAUCUCAGUCCUCUAUUCUGUCUCUUCUGUUCCUAUUUCCACAGUGAUAGGCCCUUUCCACCUAAACAGCCCAGAAUGGAUUUCAGUUGUGUUAAAGAAUUAGAUGAUGCUAUUAACUUGUUUCGUUACAUGGUGAGAAUGCGGCCGCAGCCUUCAGUUUUUUAUUUCACGAAAUUGUUGAAUGUUGUCGUUAAGAUGAAACAUUACUCUACCGCCCUUCACAUGUUCGAUGAAAUGCGUCAAAGGGGUGCCCCGUUGAAUAACUCUACAAUGAAUACUGUGAUUCAUUGCUAUUGCCUUCUGAAGCGUGUAAACUUCGGGUUUGCUACACUGGGCAUCUUCUUCAAGAGUGGUUAUGGACCAAAUGUCGCGACAUUCAGCAUUCUCAUUAAAGGGCUGUUCUUACAUGAUAAGGUGGCCGAUGCCAUGAAAUUGUUCCAAAAGGUUUUGGAUUUAAACCUAUGUGAGCCUGAUGAUGUUAUGAUUCUGACAGUCAUAGAUGGGCUUUGCAAAGGUGGACAGAUCAUUGUAGCAAAUGAUUUGGUUCACAGAUUAGAAAGAAGUAGGUGGAGACCCAAUGUGAAAGCUUAUAGUGUAUUACUUGACCGGCUAUGCAAAAGCGGAAUGGUGGAUGAUGCUUUUCACCUCUUAUCGAGGAUGAUUGACAAGGAGAUUUCACCCGAUGUUUUCACAUAUAAUUCGAUGAUUCAGGGCUUGUGCGAUGUUGGCAGACUGAAGGAUGUUGAAUAUAUGUUGAGUGAAAUGGCUAAUUCUAAGAUAUCUUUCAAUGUCGUUACUUUCAGUAUAUUUAUUGAUGCUCUUUGCAAGGAAGGAAACGUGAAAGAGGCUGAGGAUGUUUUGCAAAUUAUGAAGCAGCGAAAUGUAUGUCCUGAUGUUGUCAUUUAUAAUGCGCUAAUAGAUGGGUAUUGUUUGCGAGGGGAAAUCAAUAAGGCGAAAGAUGUACUUGAUUCCAUAGCAGGCAUGGGGCUUAAGCCUGAUAUUAACAGCUAUGGCAACUUAAUCAAUGGAUACUGCAAGAAGGGAAGAGUGGAUGAAGCAUGGCUUCUUUUUCUCGAAGUUCCCUAUAAAGGUUUGGUGCAUAAUACAUGUACUUAUAAUACCAUGAUGCAUGGAUUAUUUAGUAAGAACAGAUUUGCUGACGGCUGGAAGCUUUUCAAGGAUAUGGAAGCUCAACAAAUAAUCCCCGACUCAUAUACUUAUGGUACAUUGAUGAAUGCGCUGUGCAAGAAUGGGGAGACUGAAAAAGCUCUGUCCUUUCUACGCUUGCUUGAAGUGGAAGGAGUCAAUCCUGAUGUAGUCAUCUACAGUACUCUCAUUAAUGGAUUGUGCAAAAAUGGAAAACUCGAUGUUGCCAGAGAACUUUUCAACCAACUUCCAUCUCGAGGUUUGCUACCUAGUGUUAGAAUAUAUACUGUGAUCAUUGGUUCACUUUGUCGAGAAGGAUCCGUGGAUGAGGCAAAAUGUUUACUCAUAGAGAUGGAGAACCGUGGAUGUGCGCCUAAUAGCGUGACUUACAAUGUCAUUGUGCAGAAUUUUCUAGUUAAAAACGAACUACACGAGGCAAUACCAUUCUUGGAAGAAAUGCCCCGAAGGGGAUUCUCAGCAGAUCAUGCUACCUUUUCGAUGCUAAUUGAUCGAAUGCAAGGACAGGCUGAAGACGAUUUUCUUAUCAAAUUGAUGAAGAAAGUGUUGCCCAAGGAAAUUGUAUCAUAGUCAAAUUUUGCGUUUGUUAUAAACUCGACUCGAGCAUCAGUGUUAGCGGUGGAAAUCCAUCAAAUGUAGACCAUCUAAUGGUACAGUUGCUAUCUCUGUAACUUCUUCGUAGUUCAAAGAAUUGUUCUCUUUUGUAA